ACGUCAUAUAAGAUACAGCACUGCUCUAAAAAAUAAAACAUUUGUAUAACUACAGAUAAGCCCACAGACAUGAUAGUGUUCUGACCUACGAUAAGAAACUAUUAUUUUAUAUCACAUCCGUCAGCAAUUCAUCGUAUUCCGUCUCUUCACGUCUGGAAAUCAUUAAUCAUUUAGGAGACAUACGUUACACAAGGCAGCCCGAGGAGACUCCUUUACACAAUAGGUCAUGCUCUGCGCAUCCUCGACGGCCGGUGGGAAAGAUACUGAACGCUGCCACCACGCCUAAACACCAUGGGUGAUUCUACAGAAAACGCUUCAAAAGUCCGCAGAAGGAAGCGAAGCAUUUGGAAUAAACUCGUCCUGCUCAUGUGGAAAAACCUCCUGCUGAGGAAGAGGCACUGGGUCCUUACAGCCUUUGAAAUCCUCCUCCCGACGCUUCUCUUCACCCUCCUUCUUACCAUCCGCGUCCUCCCAGAUUCGGCCUUCCUGCCAUCCUAUGUGAACGAGACUACAGUGUUCCCAGCGGCCUCAGAAUGUCUCCUCAAAGAAAAGCUUUGCAUGAAGUACGGCUUUUGGUCAGAACAACUAGGACGCUGCUUCGUCCCAGAUAACAUUGACGAGAUAACGCUACCAACUCUGGAUCCUUCGGUUAUAGAAGGAUUAGACGGUCUAAACCUGACCGAAGCUGACCUCUCCGACCCCGAGAUCAUUCUGUCGAUCCUGGAAAGCGUGAACCAGACGGACCCUGAGAGUAUUAACAUGGGGAUCAUUCAGUCGAUCUUGGAGAAUCUGGAUCUCUGUAUUUUGGAGAGGUUUAACGCCACUGAAGACGUCGACCUCUCAGGCAUGGGCGCGGCCGAGAUUCUGGGUAUACUGGGGUCUAUUUUAUCCAACAUUUCGCUGCCGGAACUUCCCGAAGGCACGAACUUCAGCUAUCCGGGAGAAAGGAAGAUUUUCUACGGUCCACCAGGAGGUUUCAGCGAGGGUGUGGCCAAGCAUUUAGCCGAUGUUCUUCGUCUCGGUCACCACGUCCUGACCCCCGUGACCAGCAACGAGGAUUUAGACGCGCAGGUUGACAAGUCGUACUUUGCCACCAACGACUCCUUUGCAGCCUUCUACAUCGGCCUGUUCUUCAACGAUCUGGACGACCCGGAAGUGCCACCUCAGCACCUGAACUAUGACCUAAGGUUGACGGGAUUGUGGUUCUCUGAACUGCUAUACCCAUUUCUGCAGAUCCCUGGUCCGAGGAACUUUACAAUUAUUACUGAAAGCUACGGUAUGGACGGGUUCACGCUACUCCAGAGUUUAGUGGACAGGUACUUCAUCGCUCAGCUGACGGGCGAACCUCGAUACCGAAUGCAGUACAGGGUACAAACUCAGAUGUACCCGUACCCGCCCUACUCCCAAGACUACGGAAUGAGCCAGUUUUACGGAUCCGCUUUGCCCACGUUCAUUGUGCUUUCCCUCGUCCUCCUGUCGCCUUCGUUGAUCAAGAGCGUUGUUUACGAGAAGGAAACGGGCGUCAGGGAACUGAUUCGUCUCAUGGGCUUAGAGCGAUGGCUCGUUUGGCUCGGCUGGUUCCUCCACUCGUUCAUCGUCAUCCUCGUCGUGUCAACUAUCAUCACGAUUCUGCUCAAGUUGCAACUCACGCCCAUGGAUGACUCGGCGGGUUUCCUGCCGCCCAUUAUCAUCCACACCGAUCCCUUCUUCAUGUGGGUGCUCUUCGUGCUCUACGGGAUAUCCUCCAUCGCCUUCUGCUUUGCCGUGUCUACUUUCUUCAGCAGGCCCACGCUCGCCACAACCCUCGGCAUCCUGCUGUGGCUGACAUCUUACUUCCUGCCUCGUCAGCUGAUGGACUUCGAGUACAACACCCUUGGUCUGGCGCCGAAGGUCCUGUCCUGCUUCUUGCCCAACAUGGCUAUCACUUGGGCCUUCAGGAUUAUUGCUAUGUUUGAAGGGAGAGCGUUGGGCGUGCAGUGGAACAAUCUGUGGGACACCGGUAACCCUCGGGAUCAGCUGACUCCGGCCAUGGUUCUCAUCAUGCUGGCCGUCGACACCCUCUUGUACCUUUUCAUCACAUGGUACGUCGAUCACGUCAGCCCGGGCAAAUACGGAGUUCCUUUGCCGUGGUACUUCCCUUUCCAGAGGAGCUACUGGUGUGGUGCAUCUCCGACGAAGGAUAACGCUCGAAGCUUCGACUCUGAGUCACCCGAGAACGAGUACUUCGAGGAGGAACCGGAGGGUCUGAAGCCGGGAAUCACUAUAAAGAAAUUACGGAAGGAGUUCAAGACACUGGGAGGGAAGACGAAGGUGGCCGUCGAGGACGUGUCUCUAACGUGUUACGAAGGCCAAUGCACGGUCUUGCUUGGACACAACGGCGCCGGCAAGACCACUACGAUGUCCGUCCUCACAGGUGUGUACGCCCCUUCGGCUGGCUACGCAGAAGUGGGCGGCUGGGACAUCGCGACGAACCUGAAGAAGGCGAGGGAGGAGAUCGGACUGUGCCCACAACACAACAUGCUGUUCAUUGACCUCACCGUUCUCCAGCAUCUCCUAUUCUUCGGUAGACUAAAAGGAAUGACAAAGCAGGACGCUCGCAAGGAAGCUGAGGAGCUCAUGCAGCGACUGGAACUGAAGGAGAAGAAAAACAUGUAUGGCAACCAGCUGUCCGGAGGGAUGAAGAGGAAGCUUUGCCUCGCCAUUGCUCUCAUUGGAGGGUCGAAGGUGGUGAUUCUCGACGAGCCGAGCAGCGGCCUCGACCCAGAAUCCCGCCGAUGGGUGUGGGAAGUGGUGCAGGGGGAACGCGGGCGCCGGACCGUGCUCGUCACCACACACCACAUGGAAGAGGCCGACGUGCUGGGCGACCGCAUAGCCAUCAUGGCGUCGGGGAGGGUCGUCUGCUCCGGAUCCACGCUCUUCCUCAAAAACAAAUUCGGCGAUGGAUACACACUGACGAUAAUGGUAUCUGAGGACAGUAGCAUUAAAGACAUAAAGACAGAGGUCAUGAAGCAUCUUCCUGAAGCGGCCUUGAGGUCAUCCCAGGGCGGCGAAGUGACCUUUAAACUACCCCCGGUGACAGCCUCGUUCGCCCCUCUUCUCGACUCGCUCACAGAACAGAAAGAAAAACUGGGAAUCCGGCAUCUAGGCCUGUCACUCACUAGCAUGGAGCAGGUCUUUCUACGAGUCGGCGACUUUGUAGAGGGCAUUGACAAGGAACCGGAACAAGGGUUGAACGGAACACUGUACGACAGAAUAAAUAUUAACGACGACGCCAACAAUGGGUUCCUCGGUAACCACCAACAGGACGCUGAUAAAUACAGCAGUCAGCGUUUUCUUUUCAAUAGUCAAGCAGAAGUGGACAUGAGACUGACAGGAUGGACCUUAUUGAAGCAGAGAAUAAGAGCGUUUUUCGCUAAAAGAAUUAUUUAUUCCAAGAGGAAAUGGGUGCUCCUUCUUACGCAGGGUAUUCUUCCGGUAUUGAUCACCAUCAUGUGUCUCUUAGUCGACUCUUCCUUCAACGAGGAAACAUUCCAGGAGCCUCCACGAGUCCUCGACAUAUCAAUGUUUACUCACAGCAAGUCCUUCGUGCACGCUGACCAGGGUCGGGAGGAUCUCGCCGCCUCUUACGAAAGUCUCUUCUAUGAUCCUUAUGAGGUGGAGUACGCAGACAACCUGACUGAUAGUCUUUUAGCUGAAGCCGAUAGGGAUCUUUUCCAGUACCGUGAGAAUAACAUUUGUUCGGCCGACUUCGAAGCCGGUGUCCUUGGAUUAACAACAGACAUGAAAUCCUUGUAUCAGUCGGUGCCUUACCACGCCCCAGGAGUCAGUACCACGAUGAUCACAAACGCCCUUCUCCGCUUCGCCACCAACUCGUCCAACCACUCGAUUACCACAGUCAACCGCCCUCUGCCACCAAACAGGACGUGGAAGGUGGGUCGUACCAGCACCUCCGGCAGCGCCUUCGUCUACGCCAUGGUGAUGCCCCUCGCCCUCGCCUUCCUGUCUGCCUCCUUCCUCGUGUUCCCUCUGGAGGAGCGCGAGACCAAAGCUAAGCAGGUCCAGGUCAUGACAGGCGCUCCACUGUGGGCUCUGUGGACCACGACCUUCCUGUGGGACCUCCUUACAUACAUGGUGUCCGCUUUGGCAGUCUUUAUAUUCUUCAUGGUAAUGGAUUCGAAGGAUUAUUUCACCGUCGCUCAAGCACCUGGUGCAUUGUUCUUGCUGCUAGUGCUGUAUGGCUGGGGUAGCAUCCCCAUGGCUUACGUCUUCAGCUUCCCCUUCCAAACGGCAGCCUCCGGUUUUGCUGUGUUGGCUCUCAUCAACAUCGUUGCAGGCCAGAUCAUCACCACUGCUGUCUGGGCGUUGGAUCUCUCAGACCAGCCCGACCUUAUCAUUGUUAGCGAUGUUCUUCACUGGAUUACUUCCCUUAUUCCUGCAUACCCGGCGUCCAUGGCCUUCAUGCAUCUGGUUGACACAAGUACAUACAACACCCAGUGCGACCAGUUCAACGAGACGGUUAAGGAGGAACUGUGUAACACGCUAACUCAGAUGCUGCCCAACAACACCUAUAUGAUAUGUUGUCCCCAAUGCGCAGAGGUGGGCACAGGAAUCUGCUUUGAAAAACAUUCGUACUUCAUGUUCAAUGGCAACGGCAUGGGACCCAGUCUGCUCACGCUGUUCGUCAACGGCGUGAUCUUCCUGUCAGUUCUCGUGUUAUUGGAAAGCAAGGCUGCCAAAGUAUUGAAGAGCGCUUGGUGGCGACUGGUGACUCGCUGCUCGCAUGGCAAAGGUAGUAAGACAACCCCUGCUUGGGAGUUAACACAGGACAACGACGUUGCUGCAGAGGCUGACUUAGUGCGAAAUAUAUAUGAGUCGCGUCAGGCCGGGGGUGGUCUGGAUGACUCUGCCCUGCUUGUCUCCAACUUGAGGAAGCAGUUCCUGGGAGCCCCUCGGCCGGCAGUCAGUGGCGUGAGCUUCCGCGUGGCCAGAGGGGAAUGCCUAGGCCUCUUGGGGGUCAACGGAGCAGGCAAGACGACGACCUUCAGGAUGUUGACCGGGGAUGAGGAACCCUCUUCAGGAGACGCCAUGAUAGAUAACAUAUCACUUCACAGGGAUAAGAACAAGUUUGUGCAGCAGAUAGGCUACUGUCCUCAAUUCGACGCUGUUCUUGGCGAGUUGACAGCCAUAGAGAUGCUGACGCUUGUGGGCAGACUAAGAGGAGUCAGUGACGCACGGAUGAAGCGUCUGGUUAACGAGUUGGUGACUCUGGUUGGUCUCACGGAAUGUGCACUGCGCCCUUCUUCAACAUAUUCGGGAGGAAACCGCAGGAAGCUCUCCACUGCCAUGGCGCUAGUUGGGUCCCCGCAGCUGGUGUUCCUUGACGAGCCGACCUCGGGCGUCGACCCAGCAUCUCGUCGUCGAGUGUGGACCGCCGUCACGAAAGCAAUCAACAACGGCCAGAGUGUGGUCCUCACCAGUCAUUCCAUGGAGGAGUGUGAGGCGCUAUGUUCCCGUAUCAUUAUCAUGUCUCGUGGAACCCUUCGUUGUGUAGGGAGCACGAGCCACUUAAAGGCUAAAUUUGGACAAGGUUACAGUCUCCAAAUAAAACUAAGAACCCAUGGCUUAUGUCCCCAGGGUGCUACAAACAUUGAAGAUGUCUACACAUCAAAGGUGCAGCAAGUAAAGAGUUCCAUCAGUUACUAUCUUCCUGGAGCCGUGAUUAUUGACCAACAUAAGGGCAUGUUGUCGUACAGGAUCCCAAGUAGGAUAUCGUGGGGGCGGCUCUUCUCCGUGAUGGAGGCGCUGAAGAACGGCAGACAACCCAGCGACCGAGACACUGACGUCGUCGCCAGCCCCGUCGCAAACCCACAGGAAUCUAUCGUAGAGGACUAUGCUGCCUCAGACACUUCGUUGGAGCAGGUGUUUUUGACUUUUGCCAGAGAAGCUUCGGGUGAAAACCAGAAUAAACAUAUUCCUCAGGAAGUCGUCACGAAAUUGUGAAGUCACGUCUAACUUUGCAUGUGCCUGUGUUCUGCUCGUUGGCGGAAUGAUCGUGAAUGUGUACAAUGAAUGUUACCUUUUGGUAUUCUUAAAUGUUGUUAUUAAAAGACAGUGACUUCUAGAGCUUCUAGAAGAUACGUCAUUUUAGGACCUUCAACUCCAUUAUAUAUAUAUUUAUAUAUACAUAUACAUACAUAUGUGUGUGUGUGUGUGAGGGAGAGAGAGAGACAAACCCUGGUCAUCAGGUUCAUACCUGGAGUGGCCUAGGUUCGAGACCUGGUCAGGGAGGGUUGUUAUUUAUCCAUAUCAAUGCGGCAUUGCACUACUCGAUCUUUCAUAUGUAUAUCUAACUUCCAUGAUUACCUCGUAUUAUAACCAAAAUAUAAAUGGCAAUGCUCAUUCUCAUUUUGAAGCAUGGAAAUACAAAGACAUUUACCUUCAUUUCAUAAUCCUUAUAGAUGUUUGUUGAGUGAAUCGUCCUUGUUACUAUUUAUUUUGAGCACGUCCAAGAGAAUUUACAUUAGAGCAGCGGUUUUCAAAGUUUUUGGCAUAGUUACUCCUUGGCACGGUAGCCAUCACCCCAACUCCAUUCCUCUUAUUUAGUCAUCAUCCUUUGACAAAAAAUAAUAUUGUUUCUUUAUCAUAAAUUGAAAUUAAUGCAUCAUUGCUUUGGUAAUAGAACAUAAACAUUAUUUACUGAAUUAUUAAAUGAAAACACAGUAUUGUUUGUCCUUCAGUAAAAUAUGAAUGCAAUGGUCUGUAGAGCACAGGACAUAUAUUCCUCCACCAGUCCGGCCCAAAACGGAUUCAAUUUUUAAACUUAGGAUGUUAAUCCACUUCGGGAGUUUUAUCCUCUCUAAAUGCAAGAAAAUCGGACUUUGCUGCUAUGACACGGUCCUUGUUUAUUAUUAUUAUCCAUUCAUUAUCAUUUAUUUAUGAAUGUACUUCUUCAGUCGUUAAUUUAUUCAUAAUUAUCAUUUAUAAAUCCAAAUACCUUUUACUUUUAGAAAGUGCCUCGUUGCCCCCAGAAUCGGCUUCGUUACCUUAGUAUUCGAGUGUAAGAGCUCCCUGUAGAAAAUCCAGAUAUAAAUUAGUGUGAAAAAAGUGUUCGUUUUAUGAGAAUAAAGUAAGGCGAUGUGAAAGAAAGUGCUCGUUUUAUGAUAAUAAAGAAAGGCAAUGUGAAAGAAAGUACUCGUUUUAUGAAGUUGAGCAAAUGUUUUUUUUCUGAGAGGGAGAUAUCCCAGUUGUGAAAAUUAAACAUAUUCAUAGUGCACUGUAUCACCUUAAUACCGAGAGUAUGUAUUGAUGUAACCAAAGUUCAACAAGUAAAUAGAUAAAUAUAUCUUUUUUUGGAAAAA